CACCUUCUUCAGAUAGAAUAAAUAUCCCUUACAUUCUUUGCUUAUGUCGUAGCAAAAAUCCCUUCUACCUAAAAAUACAAUUUGCCUGGUCAUUUUCACUUGUUCACUACCACAUUCAGGUCAAAUUAAGGAUCUGAAGAAGUCCUGGAAAGUCCACUUGAAAUUGAUAGAAUUUAAAAAAAAGAAGGGACUUCCAUUUGAUUUGGGCUUUGUAAGACAGAGAAACGUUUUCUAAUUGUUCAAUUGCGACUUUAUCACAACACGUUUACAACCUUGGCAAUCUGGGAUUCCGUACAUUCUGACUACUAAACUCUUCUAUUUUUUAAGGACUAUCUCUCUUUUUCAUAUAGAGUGAGUGGACACCUUGUAAAGUAGUGGAUUCAAAAAUUGUUCGUUUAGUUGGUUCUUUGUUAGAUUCUCGUAUACUACAAUGGGAUUGGCAGGAAAUAAAGUAAAACAACAAAUUGGAGCUGAUCCAAGAAAUUCCAGGUGGGCUAAAAAUAAGGAUCGUAAAGGAUUCAAACUUCUUGCUUCCUACGGUUGGCAAGAUGGAAAUGGUCUUGGCCAACAACAGCACGGCCGGGUUCACAACAUCAAAGUGGCUUUGAAGGACGAUACACUUGGUAUAGGUGCUAAACCUUCCAACGAUACUGAAUGGAGUGGGUUAGGUGAAUUCAAUGCUAUUUUCGGAAGGCUGAACGGUGAUGAAAAUGCUUACGGAAUGUCAGCCGAAAAAGCAAAGCAUCGUAAGCAAUUGGAUCAACGAAAGGAUGCUGAGUCCAAGAAUCUUCGAUCUCUCGAACUGGCACGUCGUUUUGUCUUGGGUGGAACAUUUACAAGUGAGUUUUCAGAUUGGAUGAAGAAAGCGGCCGAAGACGAAAACAGAAUUGCGGAAGAUAGUUCAGACAAUGAGAACGCAGACUCCUCUGAGAAAGAAACCAAGAAAAAGAAAAAAGAAAAGAAGUCCAAGCACUCGUCGUCGUCAUCUUCAAAAAAGAAGGAGGAGAAAACUAAGCGUUCGAAGAAGGACAAGAAAGACUCUAAGGAGAAAAAGAAAGAGAAAAAGGAAUCCUCCAAGAAGAAAUCUUUGUCAACUUCUGAUAAAAAAGAUAAAAAAGAAAAAGAGGAGAAGAAACUUAAGCGUAAGAGAAAAAACGUGUCGUCUUCUGCCUCUUCGGAGUCAGACGACGAAGAUGCGGAUACCAAGAGCUCUCAUCGCAAGAAACCCACGAACGUGCAUUUUCACACCCGAAGAAAGUUUCUUGCUCAAAAGCGUGCUGCAAUUAGUGAUCCUACAGCACUACGCGAAAUUUUGGGAAUUAAGGGUUAAUCAGUUUUGGAUGCAGUCUUUUGUUCGGUAUAUGUACGGUCUUUAAUAUUGUAUUAAUAUGAUAAAUGGUUUUUAUUUUC